AUUAUGCCCUUAUUUUGAAAGGGCACAGAUUCGUUCCGGUCUGCGUGUUUCUUCCAGACGAACUUUGACUUCGUGGUGUCCGGACGUGGCGACUGACAUCCGCAGCUCACAACCAUGCAGGCUUCGAGUUUCAGGGACUGUCAGGCCUGGAGGGCAGAGGGCCUGGCGCUGUCCAGCAGCAGCAACGAGGCGUGUAGGCUCUACGACGCCAUACUCACACAGUAUGUGAAAUGGAGGAACGAUGAAACCCUGGGGGGGUUUGCAGGAUGCUUUUCUGCCAUGCACGCUGCAGACCCCAACUUUGUUCAGUCUGCUCGUCACCAACUCCUUCUUUAUUCUCCGUUACUUUCGUCUCACCCGUCGGCUUACCGUUCUCCCUCUGCCUCUCUCCUCCCGUUGCUGCUGCAUUUCUGGGAGCUCCUCGCUGAUCCCAUCCUGCAGCCUGCAGUAUCAGUCAUGGGCCACGUGAUCACUACGGGCCUAGAGCUGGUAGCCACUACGAGCUCCACCCGUCUGGAUAAGCGUCUGGCCAGUGCUGUGAAGCGAACGGUGGAGCUGGCCAACAGCCAGGACAUCUCCCCCAGAGAGAAGCUCCACGUCCAGGCCAUGGAGCUCUUCUCGCGUGGGGAUUUCCCCAGGGCCUGUGACGUGUGGGAGGACAUCCUGGUUGACCACCCCACUGACAUGCUGGCCCUCAAGUUCGCUCACGAUGCCCUCUUCUACAUGGGAGCCCAGGUUCCCAUGAGGGACUCGGUGGCCAGAGUGCUGCCCCACUGGAAGCCACACAUGCCCUUGUCCAGCUAUCUGAAAGGAAUGUACUCGUUCGGCCUGAUGGAGACGCGCUUCUACGACCAGGCUGAGAAAGUAGCCAUGGAGGGUCUGGCUCUGACUCCAGACGACGGCUGGGCCGUCCACUCCGUGGCGCACGUUUGCGAGAUGAGGGCGGAAAUGGACAAGGGCUUGAAGUUCAUGGAGAGUCGAGAGAAAGACUGGCAGGUGUGUGACAUCUUGGCCAGUCAUAACUAUUGGCACUGGGCUCUAUACUACAUAGAGAAGGGACAAUACGAAGCCGCUCUGCAAAUCUACGACUCCGAGGUGUUCAGACGCUGCAAAGCCACAGGAUCCAUGCUGGACACUGUCGAUGCCACUUCAAUGCUCUACAGACUUGAAAUGGAGGGUGUCGGCGUGAAGGAGCGCUGGCGCGAGCUCCUCCAGGUCACGCAGCCUCACACCGACGAUCACGUGACCGUGUUCAACGACCUCCACUUCCUCAUGGCGUCGCUGGGAGCCGCCGACGCCGGGGUCUCGGCGCGCCUGGUGGACGGCCUCCAGGAGCUGGCUAAGGAGCCGGGGGAGAACCAGCAGCAUCAGCUGGCCGGGCGCGUGGGCGUCUUCAUGUGUGAGGCCAUGACGCAGUACGACCGGGGCGACUACGGCCGCGCCGUGGAGCUGCUGUACCCGCUGCGCUACCGCAUCGUGGACAUAGGGGGCAGCGACGCGCAGAGAGACGUCUUCAAUCAGCUCCUCAUUCACGCGACCCUCAAAUCCGAGGACAAGCACCACCAGAAACUCGGGAGGUGUCUGCUGGCGGAGCGCGACGCCGUGAGGCCCAACUCGGCUCUGACCGAUCGUCUCAUGCAGAAAGUUCGGGCUCUGCACGCGUAGAGCCACCGCGACCACGUCCCGGAGACGUCUUCACCAGCAGCCAGUAAUUAAAUGCUCAGCAAGGCCAAAAGCUUCCACAUACUGCAUGAAAUCCAACCUAUACUGUGCUUCUCUCUGAUCAAUAAGCCUAUUAAGUGUAAUACACCACUUUCCCUGAAACCUUGGUUUUUUUCAAUUUAUUAGCAAACAUCACAUACAUAAAUACUGUACUUCAUCUAUAUUUCAAUACAAAAUCAAUGUUUUUAAAAGCAAUAAAUAUACACUUUGCA